GGAGAGAGAGAGAUCCUCCGCCGGAGCAGGAAGCCGCUGCUGGGACUGCCGAGAGGGACAGAGGAGGUACGAAACAACGUCGACAUCAGCAGGCAAGGCAGCGGGGGAUCCACCAUAAUGUAGACCCAGCCGUGUGCCACAUCCACCCAACAACACGAGCAGGUGUCGAGGCUGCAGUGGUGAAAACAAAAGCGGAGGGGUUUGGGUUUUUUUCAUUUAAUUUUAUUUUUUUGUGCGUGGUGAAAAUGAAGGAGCUGAAGGGCUGCGGUAUGCGGUCCUCGGUGGGCUUUCUGUCCCGCAGAGAGCUGACUGGGCAGCCGCUCAUGAAGGAGGAAUUCCAGAGACGCAGGCUAGCCGGCUGCACCAGCCUCUACAAGAAGGAUAUGCUCGGACAUUUCGGAUGUGUCAACGCCAUUGAGUUCUCCAACAACGGCGGGGAAUGGCUGGUGUCUGGAGGAGAUGAUCGCCGGGUGCUCCUGUGGCACAUGGAGAAAGCCAUCCACGCUCGGUCUAAACCUGUGAAACUGAAGGGGGAGCACCUGUCCAACAUCUUCUGCUUGGCCUUUGACAGUACCAACAAAAAGGUCUUCUCUGGAGGAAAUGAUGAACAGGUGAUUCUUCAUGAUGUGGAGAGAAGGGAGACUCUGAACGUGUUCCUGCACAUCGAUGCCGUGUACAGCUUGUCUGUCAGCCCGGUAAACGACAACGUGUUUGCCAGCUCAUCUGACGAUGGACGGGUGCUCAUCUGGGACACUCGCGAGCCGCCACAUGGAGAGCCGUUCUGCCUGGCCAGCUACCCCUCAGCCUUCCACAGCGUGAUGUUCAACCCUGUGGAGCCCAGGCUGCUCGCCACGGCCAACUCCAAGGAGGGAGUUGGAUUAUGGGACAUCCGCAAGCCGCGCAGCUCGCUGCUGCGUUAUGGAGGCAGCAUGUCCCUACAGAGCGCCAUGAGCGUUCGCUUCAACAGCACCGGCACCCAGCUGCUGGCGCUGCGUCGCCGCCUCCCGCCCGUCCUCUACGAGCUGCACUCCCGCCUGCCCAGCUUCCAGUUUGACAACCAGGGCUACUUCAACUCCUGCACCAUGAAAAGCUGCUGCUUCGCCGGGGACAAAGAUCAGUACAUCUUGUCUGGGUCGGAUGACUUCAACCUCUACAUGUGGAAAAUCCCAAAGGAUCCAGAAGCAGGAGGCCCUGGUCGUGUGGUGAACGGGGCUUUCAUGGUCUUGAAGGGUCACCGCUCCAUAGUGAACCAGGUCCGCUUCAACCCUCACACCUACAUGAUCUGCUCAUCCGGUGUGGAGAAAGUCAUCAAGGUUUGGAGUCCGUACCAGCAGCCUGACAGUCUAGGUGACCUGGAGGGUCGUGUGGAGGACAAGUCACGCAGCCUCUAUACCCAUGAGGAGUACAUUAGCCUGGUGCUUAACAGCGGCAGCGGGCUGUCCCACGACUACGUCAGCCAGUCCAUCCAGGAGGACCCACGCAUGAUGGCUUUCUUUGACUCGUUGGUGCGUCGGGAGAUUGAGGGCUGGAGCUCCGACUCUGACAGCGACCUGAGCGAGGAGGCCAUCAUGCAGCUCCACGCCCGUGGACGCCGCUCUACACGAGCCACACCGGCAGUUCCUACGGCUGCCUCGGCCGCCGGUCACCACAGUGACUCUGAUAACUCGUCCUCCUCCUCUCUGGCCGGACCUGACGCCUCAGGAGGGGAGGAGCAAGCCAGAGCAGAGGGGGAGGAGCGGCCCAGGAGACGUGGCAGGCAUCAGCGGCAUCAGUCUGGCUUUCUGGUGAACGAAGACUCGGAUUCGAGCGAGUUUUGGCUCGACCCCAUGCCCCGACCUCGCUCCCCGAGCCCGAGGGACAACUCCACGUUGUCCAGUCCCACCUCCUCCCCUUCACUUCCCGCCGAAGCCUCCAGCUCUUCCACGUCCACCUCCAGUUCCAGCAGUGAUGACGAGGAGCGGCGCAGCGCGGUGAGGCGGCGCAACGUCAUGAGGAGAAGACGCAUGCACGUGGUCUCCAGAGCCGGGGAUCGACCCGAGUCUGUACAGGCUUUGUUUUCAGCCAUUGACUCCUGCAGUUACCCAUCAAUCUCAAUCGAUGACCUUUCUUCCUCCUCAUCAGGCGAGGAGCAAAACUCUCUCCAAAUCAAGCCCCAAACUGGCGGCGCCGGAGAGGAGGAAAAAUGUCUGAGCCCUUCUGACUUUGUGUGUUCGAGCCCAGUAAUGUCCCCUGAGAGCCAAGAGAAUGAGGAAGGGAGUGACAGGACUGAACCGGAAACCCGUCCAGCUGCGUCUCCUCAGUCAUUGGACGGACACAGGACUGAAGGGAGGGCUGCUUCAGAGCCGACUUUAGACAGCUCUGACAGUGGAGAGGCGUGCAGCAGCUCAGCAGCUGCAGACAGUAACUCCCAGAGCCGACGCAGCCCUGGAGUGAACGGGCAGCACCGGACUGUGGCAUCACACGUGAGCGAGAACCUCUAUGUCUCCUCAGAAUCAGAGGGAGAGACUGGCAUUACACCUGAAGACACCAGGCCGCGGAGAGAGAAAGGCCCAGCACAGAGCGCUCUGAAACGGACUCAUGUGGGAUCAGAAGAGGGAGAAUCAGGCUCCUCACCCUCAGAAAAGAAGUUAAAAACAUAAUGACACAUCAUUUUCAUCCCUGAGAGAAAUCAUUUGUUAAGAGACUUAAUUUAGGAAGUGGGUUUUCUAUGGGUUUUUACAACUCAGCUUUUUCAUUUUGCGUCUUGUUGUCAUGUGACACACGAGCUUGCGCUGCUUAUGAGCAGAAGACGUCAAGCAACCAAAAAAGGAAAGCGUGGUUAAUUUUUGUUUCAGAACAAAUGAAUUCGACAGUGUCAUCGUUCUUUAGGUCAAACCACAGAUGACAUUAAAAGAUGGGAAAUAUAAAACCUAAGGUAAAUAUUGUUAGCAAUGGUAUUUUAAGUGAAAUGCAGCGGCUACUCAUUUAUUUUCAUGCAGCAUCAGUGUUUCUUUCUCAGUCAUGCUCUGGUUGUUGCAGAAAGCUCCACCCAGGAUUUGGAGCUCUUCCAACCAUAACAACAAAAAAGGUCCUGAGGAGGACAAAGGCUUUGCAGCAUUUUAAUUUCUACGGUUUCACACUGAGCGUAAAUCUGAUUGGGCUUAUUCUCAUUUUUAAGAGAUUCUCGGCUGAGACUGCUUCAGGGUGCCUCAAGAAUUGACUGUGUCUCCAUAGAAAUCUUAAGGAGCACCAUUUGUUAAAGCUGUGCAUUGAAAUGAUGCUUUCUGUGUCUUCUACCAGUUGUUUUUUUUUUUUUUUUUUGGUCUCAUUAUCCAGCCCCUGGGUACCAUUACAAGCCAGCUCGCUUUUGUUUUCUUGCAAUUAAAGAAUAAUUUGUUCUCCAGAGACAAUGCCACAACUUCUUCCUGAGGCUCUGCUGAUUCACAAUACGGUUUGAUCGGUGAAACGUUGACUUAUUCUGACACACGUCUGUCUGAAAUAAGUGGAAAAAAAAACAAGUAAUGUUAUUGCAGAUUUGGGCCCUCAACUACAGAGUACUAAACCAAGUUGCUAUGGCAACGCAGCCUGGACUCUCCUCUGUGAAAUAAAAUGUGACGCCUGUUCAGCUGGCCGUGACCCUGAGCAACCAGUGUCGGCCAGAGUAGAAUAUUUUAUUGACUGAAGCGAAAGGCCAUCUUUGCCUUCAUUAAGAGAAUAGUUAAGGCUGUUAAUAGCAACCUGAGACUCUGAGUGCAACGUUAACAAUAUUGAGAAUCAGGACAUUUGAUUGAAAUGUCACACAGCGUUUCAUGACAAACAGUUUAUGUCCAUCUCAUUUUGUGUGGAGUCUUAAGUUUUAAAAACAAGUUGAGAAUACAAGCUGAUCGCAAGGUUCAUUUUCACACAUAUCCCGUGAUCUUUUUGCUCAGCUGUCGUGGAAUUAUAGAUGUUCAAAGUUCAGUUUUUCUUUCAGGAUCUCUCCUCCAUAUUGGCAUAUGCAGAGGAAGAUCACGUGAUAUGACUGACAGCUGCAGAACAACUACUAAAUGGACCUUGAGGUGCAGUUGUUUCUCAGCUACUGUUGUUCAAGUAUAAACUUUCAGUAGUUCACAGCAACUUAAAACUCUUAGCUGUAUUUCAUGUUUUCUAUGUUCAAUAACUUUAAAGAUAAUUUUACCAACUUGUUCAAAACUUUGCGCUUUUUGCUCUAAGCAUACACAAAACUAGAAGUGUGGCAGUGGGGUGGGGCGAUCGCAACACAAGAUCGUGGAUGUUUGCCGGUUUCAGAAUUAUUACAUCCCUGAAAAAUAAUUUGUGAAGUACAAGGUUCUCCCACGCGCUCCCUCUCUCCUCAGAAAAUUCUGAUCAGAUAAGAAAAGAAAAUUAGAUUUUGUCACAUUUAGUGCGUUUAUCUGAUCAGUCAUAUUUUCAUUUAGCGACAUAUUUGUUUAAAUUCUGGUGGAUACAUUCUCAACCUUUUAUCAGUUUAUUUUGCUAAUUUAAAAAAUAAAAAUAAUGGAAUCAAACAAUUAAAGAGUGAGGAAGAGUGGGGGAAAAAAAUACAGAGGACAUCACCUUAUUGUUAUCGAAUGUUAUCUUCAGCCCUGACAUCCACUGUUUGGAUUUUGUCUGUUUGUUAUUAAACUAUGAAAACAUUUUCAAAGUAAAAGUACAACAAAGGCAAAAAAAAAAAGAGCCAUCAUGAGGUGAAUAACCAUAAAUGGACGAGUGUCUUUUCAGCAGGGAGCUGCCACACCUCCUCAGAUUCACCAACAGUGUCAUGAUUGUGCAUGAAGCACAUGAUGUCAUUAGUUUCUGAGGAAAAACCACCAUGCCAGUUGUCUCCUGUCUCCACUUGAACGACAGCACUCUUCUGCCAGACAAAGCGAGAGUCACCAGAGAGCCUACCGGCAAAGAAAACGCAACACACAACAUCACUGCCUCACGAGCUGGCGGCGAGGUGGUAAUCUGAAGGCAGGCAGACAUGUAGUUGAGGGUUAUCGAGUUGUUUGUACAGCUCUCUUGUCAAAAUAAUUUCCUCUGCUGCUUAGAACUUCUCAGUGUGGCCGUCACUUAUCUGCAGGAAGUAGACACCCUUCAUUUAACCCCCAUGCUUCCCCUGGGACAAGUAUUCAAAUAGGGAUAUUGUAUGAUCCAGGGUUGUUUACAUUUUGACUGGAGUGUGCCUGCUGGGCUACAUAUGGCUUAAUGAUUAAUUACAGUCUACAGAUGCAGGGGUGUACGAUGGAGUCAGCUCUUUUACCAGCUAACGAUAGAGUUUUACAGCUGUAACGUCAAUCAAAAAAUAUGUGGAGAGUUGACUUUUACAAAUUACCUGAAAGAAUUAAGUCGUAUUUGUUUUACAGCUAGCACACAAAGCUCAAGUGUCUCUGGCUGGUCACAUUAGAAGAGAAUGGCGCUCAUUAGUGAACUUACAAUGGAGUUUUUUUUAUCUUUAUUUAUUCAGGGAAGGUUAACUGGUAGUGUGUGCUCUUUCCCUGCUUCAUAGGUCACAUUCACAGCUGGGAGGAGCCCAGUGCAACCACAGCCUUUGAGGACUUCCACUGGAGCGAGCGAGGGUUUAGUCAGAUGCAGCAUAUUGGUUUGGGAGGGGACAUCUUAACUUUUUCAGUUUCUUAAAGUAAGUAAAGUUCCUCCUGUGUGAAAUUGAUGCAGUUCUCCAGAUCCAGCAUUUGACCCCUGAGCUUCUGGAUGAAUCCAGUCCCCCCUACACACUCGCUUCAACUCUCUGAAAGAGCAGAACUCUCCUUUUAGAUUGAAUCAUCUCGUGCCUACAGUACGUUCCUCUUGGUCCCAGAUGGUGUUUUGGCUCAAGUCGUUUGACCACAAAUCCAAACACAUGUAGAAUUCAAUGGGAUUAUCGUGGUAGUUCAGCAGCAUCCCAUACAUGGCUCAGCUUUAACAGCAAGGACUGCUAUUUAAGAAUUCCCCUCCCUACAUGACUGGAAUACCUUGGGGACGUGCCAGAGACCAGACAGAGCCAAAUGCACCAGCUCUUCACAUGACCUGUGUGCCUCAGAAAGCAGGGCUGAGCUUCUUUGCACCACUGACUCUUCACAAGAUAUUCUGGGAUUCUGCUGAAUAGUAUUAUGUUGACGUCAAGUAGCUGGACCGGGGGAGAAAUUCUCCAGUCUACCCAAACCAAACUGUGCAGUCUGGAGUGUGCCACCAGAAUAAUUAUACACAUUUCACUGGUUAAUUAUAAUGAGUUAAUUCAUGCGUUUAAUAAGCCAUCAUUUGCAGCUUUGAGCGGACGAGUCUCUUUUGUCAGCUGGCCAAUUAGAGCUCCUGUCGCUGCUCUGUGGGUUGGAUCUUUAGUUUUUAGUGUGAUAUGCUGGUUGUGUAUUGAAAUUACAUAAUGGGCUCUGUGGAAAUUCAUGAAAAAGACACGAUAGAAAACUUAUUAACAAAUUAAAUACAAAAUUAACAAGUCAAAGCCUUUUUAGCCAAGCUAAUAGCAUGGCUUUAAGGAUAGUAAUGGCAGUCGGUC